GUGACAUUCCGUGCACUUUAUAAGUAAGCAGAUGCUGCCUCGGUGCGUCUCGCGCUUUUCCAGCAUCGCGUCAAGAGAGAACGAGAGAGAGAGAGAGAGAGAGUGUGUGUGUGUGUGUGUGUACCACCUCUGCCUCUUCGUGCAAUCCUGCAGAAGUCGCGGAAAAGAGCUCGGUGCGCCUCUAUCGCGCUGCUUCUCUCCGCCGCCAGCGAAUGCACGCACUCGGCUCCUCGGUCCUUCUGUAGUCGCGCGGCAUGUCAGCGCGGAGGACGGAGGCUCGGCUGCAGAGCUCAGGUUCCUCGACGCUUUGACGUUUGCUUGUUUUUUUUUGUUUGUUUGUUUGUUUUUUUGCUUGUUUGUUUCUCCCUUCUCGUUCUCAGCGAAACUCUUGGAUACUCCUACAUUUAGCUUCUAAUAUAAUUUUUUUUGCAAACAAUUUACACUAUUUCUUUUGGUCUUUUUAUUCUGAAUUACCUACUUUUGUAAAGCGCACUUUAACGGAGUGUACAGGGUGUGGAGAUGCAUGUGUAGUUCAUUUAUUUUUUGCGGAUGGUGUCUGAUCUGAAGUCAAGCUGGUUGUGAAGGUGUUUGACCUAUUCCCCUCACCCCCAGACGGAGUAACCAUGGCUGCGGGCGUAGCGGCCUGGCUCCCUUUUGCCCGGGCAGCAGCCAUUGGUUGGAUGCCCGUGGCCAACUUGCCAAUGCCAGUGGCUCCACCUGACAUGAACAAACGCCAAGACGAGCUCAUUAUCCUGAACGUCAGUGGGAGACGUUAUCAAACAUGGCGCAACACUUUGGACCGCUAUCCUGAUACGCUGCUCGGCAGCUCAGAGAAAGAGUUCUUUUUCAAUGAAGAGACUCGCGAGUACUUCUUUGACCGCGAUCCGGACGUGUUCCGUAGCAUCCUGAACUUUUACCGCACAGGCAAGUUGCAUUACCCGCGCUAUGAGUGUAUAUCAGCUUACGAUGAAGAGCUGGCUUUCUUUGGGAUCAUUCCUGAGAUCAUCAGCGACUGCUGUUACGAAGAGUACAAGGACCGCAAACGUGAGAACGCAGAGCGCCUGAUGGAUGACCUUGAGGACAACAAGGACAGCAAAUUGCCAAACAUGACGUUUCGUGAGACCAUGUGGCGGGCCUUUGAGAACCCGCAUACCAGUACCAUGGCCCUGGUGUUCUACUAUGUAACAGGCUUCUUUAUCGCUGUGUCUGUCAUUACCAACGUGGUGGAGACUGUACCAUGCGGUUCCAUGCCCAACCAGCGGGACAUACCUUGCGGAGAGCGCUACACCGUAGCAUUUUUCUGCAUGGACACGGCAUGCGUCAUGAUCUUCACCGUGGAAUAUUUGAUGCGGUUGUUCGCGGCACCGAGUCGCUAUCGUUUCAUGCGCUCGGUGAUGAGCAUCAUUGAUGUUGUGGCUAUCCUGCCGUACUACAUUGGCCUGGUCAUGACCAACAACGAGGAUGUGAGCGGCGCCUUCGUCACACUGCGAGUCUUCCGCGUUUUCCGCAUCUUCAAGUUCUCUCGCCACUCCCAGGGCCUGCGUAUCCUUGGCUACACGCUAAAGAGUUGCGCCUCUGAGCUUGGCUUCCUUCUCUUCUCCCUCACCAUGGCCAUCAUCAUCUUCGCCACCGUCAUGUUCUAUGCUGAAAAGGGCUCCGCCUCUAGCAAGUUCACCAGCAUCCCGGCCUCCUUCUGGUACACCAUUGUCACCAUGACCACACUGGGGUACGGCGAUAUGGUUCCUAAGACAAUAGCAGGAAAGAUAUUUGGCUCAAUCUGCUCUCUGAGUGGCGUUCUUGUGAUCGCUCUGCCUGUUCCUGUUAUUGUCUCCAACUUCAGCCGCAUUUACCACCAGAACCAAAGAGCGGACAAGCGCCGGGCACAGAAGAUGCAGAAAGCUCGAUUGGCCAGAAUGCGAAUCUCUAAGACGGGCAGCUCGAACAUGAUCCUGCACAACAAACGGAAUGGCAUGCUCAACCAAGCCCUGGAGCUAACGCACCUACCUUACAAGAUGAAACUGUCACAUGAGCAAUGCUCCACAGGCGAAGGGCAACACCACAAUAAGACGGCAUCAAUAAUAGAGAGCCAACACCACCACCUGCUGCACUGCCUGGAGAAAACCACGAACCAUGAGUUUUUGGACGAGCAAUUGUUUGAGCAGAGUUAUGUGGAAAGCGGCCUGCAGCGUUUCCCAUCGCAGAGCUCUUCCCUUGGCAGCGAGGAGGGUAUCAUAGGGUCCUGCUGUUCCCGACGAGCCAAGAAAAGCACUCAGCCUGCUAAUGCAGAGCAAUCACAUCCUCUCACACAUCCACAUAUACAUUCACAUGCUCAUAACCUGCAGGAACUCAGCGCCAUACACAUCCAGUGUGGACAACAGCAGCCUCUCACCACUAGUCGUUCCAGUCUCAACAUGAUGCCAGAUGAAUCAGGAGGUCUGAACUGUAAGAGCAGCAGUCAGGUUACUACAGCAAUCAUCAGCAUCCCGACUCCUCCCACCAACAACUCACCCAGCAACCCAGAAGUUCCGUCUAACCCCACCACCAACUCCAGCACGGGAGUGGUAAAGGUCUCAGCGCUGUGACGGACAUGUGCCAGAACCAAGUGAUCGUCAGAACAGAGAGAGGGGAGGAGCACUCAGGACGUGAAAACUGUAGAGUAGCCUGCCCCCUUGUGGGAAAAGGACAGCAUUGACUCAGAUUCCUGAACAACAAAAACCAAGGGGUGAUGGAAACAAGCGUGUGUGUAUGCAUGUGUGAAAGAGAGAGAUAAGAGAGAGAAUGUGAUAGAGAUAAUAAUAGCAGAAGAGCCAUAACAACUUGAUCAAUCCAUCACAAGAUUGAUUAGAUGAGGAUGUCAAGGGUCACUUCGCAUCAAGCACUUUUUCUUUCUCUUUUUUUGUCUUUAUUGUCUUGUAUUGUGUCUUAGAGAAGUGAUGUUUCAUCCAACUUUACAGGCAACAGUUUCAGCAGCUGCUUAUACUUCCAGCAUUAUUGGAAAUUGGACAUCAUAUAAGUUCUGUUCAACCUUUAAAACUAUGUAAAGCCAUGUGAAUAGCCACAUGUAGUUUUGUUUCUCCAUUUAGAAAAGCUGAAAAGGAUGACAUUGCAAAGUUUACGUGUUAAAUGGAAUUUCAUUCUAGCUAGUGGAUUAGCGAUAUGUAGCUUCAGCUAAAUGAUCUGAGGUUUUUUAUUUUUUAAGUUAUGAUCAGGGGUGGAUAAAUCAUAACAUCACAGACCUCAUUCAUAGACUCAAGCCACAGUGUACUUGCUCAGAUGUUAAUAUAAGGCUAAAAAAAAGAACCCAAAAGUAAAAAAAAUAAGCCAAAUAUUAUUCAGACAGAAAAAUAAGUGAGUAAUUUACUUCUCUGGAGGCAACUUCAUAAACAUAAUGUGAGUGCAGAUGAAGGAUCAUGUUUGUGGGCUUAACAGAAGUCAUAGCUAACAUUGUGUUGCUCUACCAUUAGACAUAAAGAUGUAAAAUACGACUGGCUCGUGUCUACGUUUUUUGCUAAUUCGUACAAACAGGAACAUCUUCACAUGGAUAGUGCUGUUAUACACAAUAGAGGAUGGCACUUAUCUGGACAACCAAGAGGUGUAAGAUCCAAUUACAGUGUUCUACAUUAUCUACAAUCCCCAAAUUGCCUCCCUUAUUACACGACAGCUACAAACUGGGGUUGAAAAAACAUAUCAUUUUUGAGUUGCUGGUGAUGCUGCUUUACGAGUUCGCGGAUACCUCUGAUUGGUUAAUCAGAAUCUCGAUGACAGGGGACAAAGAGAGUAUAUCAAAAGAAGUUCUCUUUUGCAAAUGAGAAGGAUAUUUUCUUUCUCUGUUUGAAAAAAUACAGAUUACUAUCAAAACAAAUAUUAUCAUUUACAAACUUCUUUUAAUUAAAAAAUGGGUAGAAAUGACAUUGUCUUGAGGCCCCUGGCUUGUGAUUUGUCCACCCUGCUAUUAUUUCCGAUCGCUAGAUUGCUACUGGAUAAAAGAUAAUAAUAUAUUUAUGUUCAUGAAUGUUUUUUUUUAAUUGGCCUCCAUCCAUCAUGUAUGGCUUUGUAAAUAUUUUAUACAAAAUGCAGUAUUUGAUGGAAAAACAUUCAUAUGAUAAAAUUCUAGAAUGAUAAAAUAACAUCUAAAUACUGGUCAUGAGGCAGCAAAUGCCAAAUCGUAGAAAUGAACAUUUCCCCAAUUUUCUGGCAGUGUUGCCUCAAAAGAAACAAAAUCGCUUCACUCAAUGCUGAAUGUUUUGUCACUAGAUCACAUGUAGUAGUGUAUCAGGUAGAAGGAAGAUUCAAAACAGAAGCAAGACAGAAACUAUAAGCAUAAUGUGAUAUUUCAAGUCUUUUUCAUUUGUGUUGUCCUCGUUGAUGCUAUUACCUAUAUAUUAGUCAAUAAUAACAAAGAUCUCAUGCAGGAAAAAAAAAAUGUUCCCAUAUCUGAUCUCUGUACAGACAGAAAGAAAAAAAGUAGGGAUAGUUUGACAAAGAACAUGGAAAGAUUUUUACAUUUUUGCUUGUAUGAGUGACAGAGUGUUUCCACUCCUGUAAAGUAAGAGAAAUAGAAUGUAUUUGAUAUGCUAGGAUCUUUCCAUAGGUGUGUGUGUGCGUGUUCGUAAGCUCUCAGCGUGCCUGGAGCCUUCACACAGUAUGUGCCUCUCUUGGGGGAAGGAUUUCUUUUUCCUCUUCUAAUCCACCUCCCCUCUCUCCUUGUUUGGGUCCAAGAUGUUGAAUGGACAAACAGUGUCAAUCUCCAAAUCGUCAGUAAUAACCAUGUAAAGCGGAACCAAAAAAAAUGAUAUAUAUAUGAAAUAGGUAUUCAAAAUAUCUGUGAUUAUAAGCACAAGGCAUUUGCUGAGAAUUUGUGAGUAGGAUAUGUACUAUGCCUUGGUUCUUUGUGAAUAUUGUUAAUAGGAUAUUUUGUAAUAUUUGGCCAUUGUUUUGGCAAACCAAGUGCAGCUGCCGCCCUUUUUCUCUUUCACUGUGGUCCAGUGCUGCCCGUCUGCUCGUGUCUCUGUGGAAAAAAACAAAACAAAAAAAAAAACACAUGCUUUCAAUAGUUGGUUUGGUCCUAAGUGUUGUUUUCUUUCCUGCUCAGUGGGCAUUUUAUUGAAAAGAAAAAAAAAAAAAGUCAAACCUUGUUUUGUGUGUGUGUGUGUGUGUGUAUUCUACCUGCAUAGAAACUUUUUGGUGUUGGCCACUCUUCUGUGUUGCUUUAUUUUUGUCUUUUUCUUCUUGGAUAAAAAAACGACUCUCUCGAAUAACCUCAGCAUUGAGUCAAUGUUGGCAUGGUGUCAGCGAAGUUUUGACUGACAUCUCCAUGGACUAAUCAAACGUCUUCUUCAUAACUUAGUCCCUGUUUCUUCACGAUGGCCAUUUGUAGGGAGAAUGGCUUUGCCAAUAAUAGUGUAGAUAUGUGUGUUUGUGCUUUGGGACAGUAAUCAUGAACCUGUUUCAUGUUUUAUGUUUUGUACUCCUCAAUUGAAAGAACUUAAAGGCUAUAAGGUUGUUUUUUUUCUUGCCCUGUUUUUUCUUUUCUUUCUUACUUUCUUUCUUUCUUUCUUUCUUAAGUUUAUUUUUUUGCUGGAAAGCCUCACUAUUCUGUUUGAAAUCAUAUUGAUCAUAUUUCUUAGGCUGCAUUUACAUUGUGAGCCUUGAUGCACAAUUUUCACUGCACAAAUCUCAUUCUUACCAUUGGAACAAACGAUUCAUCUGUUUCCCAUAUUUCCACUAUUUCUGUUAUUUCAUGUGCUCUUUAACCUUUUUGUAUUUUCCCUUUAAUUAGGGGUCCAAGCACCAAAUGAGAUGGAACCCUUUUUUCACUAAAAUAUUCCUUAUUCGUAUUGUGUGUAACAAAAUUCUAGACACUCAAACAUGAAAUCUCUGCAAUAGGUGAUACCUCCGUCCCACAACUCAGGCAAGAGAUGGGCCUGUCUGGCCUAACAGUGGUGCUAUAGAGCAACAUUGUCUCUCAGGAACUUUAAGGCCUAGAGACACAUUUUUUCCCGUCUCAUUUUGUAGCUAUUCGAUUUAGACCCACCUACCUUAUAUUAUAUGCUAAUUUGCAUAAUAAACUAAACCGUCUAUGAAUAUUUUACGUUUUAGCUCUAUGACUUCGGCCAUAUUUAAAAAAAUUGUGUUAAACUACAUGGUGGAGUUGAAUAUAUUAUGGUUUGUGAACAGUAUGACUAUGACAUCGAGGCAGAGCCUACUCAAACAACUGUAAUUACAUAGAGAGUACAGGCAUAUUAACAAGGUUCUGAGAAGGUCAGAUUGCUGUUUCUCAGGAAUGUAAAUCCAAACAAAGCUGAGAUUUGGUGUAAUUUUGGUAAUCUGUAAAAUUAUUAUUAUUUUUUUUUUUUAAUGACUAGAUUACUUGAAAAACAUGACUGCUGUCAGCCAGAGAGCUUUUAGCAGGCAUUUUACACAAGCAUUGAGCUCAAACUUGAUUAGGAUGUAAAACCAUGGAUUCUUUAUUGCGCUAUGUAACUUGGCAAGAACUGGUCAUUUGGGGAAGGUAUUUGCAAACAGCGCUUAUUGAUUGCUGCUUGCAGCUAUAUCUUAAAUUGCCAUAUGUGCACGACUGACUGUGUACUUGCUCUAUCAUUGCCUGAGUGAUCUCUUUACUGAAAGCCUGGUUUUUGUAGCUACCUUGCAGAUUCAAAGAUUCAAGCGUAAUUCUUGAAUGACAAAUUAUAACUUUCAGCCCAGCAUACCUUCUGAUAAUAAUAACACUAACUUUAGAAAUAACAAGAAAAUCAGGUGUAAGUAAAAUACACGAGGCCGGAUAUCAGAUAUUUACCCAAUUGAGAGCCUGUUUACAAUUGUGUAACAAUAUUAAAAACUCUGAACUGGUUGACAAUGUAAAUGCAGCCUUCCUGUUAUUUUGCUUGUUUGUUUCUUGUUUGUAUUUUUUUUCUAGCACUAUCCUAUCUUACUAACUCUGUAAUGCCCCUGAGCUCUGUACAGCUCUGUGAGUUCAAAAGAUAACUUCUUGUAUAACUAAAACUGUGUAAAAGACAUUCUUGGUUUGAAAGGCUGUUUUGGAAAUAUAUUAGAGAUACAGAUAUUUUCUCAUAGUAAUUAUGAUGUAAGUAGAAACACCAGCAUAUAGUGUAAAUGUUAUUUACUUCAGGAAAUUAGGAAUGUUAUAAUUACUAUUGUUCAAGACCAUCGGUUCCCUGUGUCUUACUAUUGAGACUUACACUGCCACGUUUUUUUAACCACAUUGCACCAAUGUGGGUUUUUAAAAGACCAGAAUGAAAACUCUUGAAUGAGUGAGAGCAUCAAGAGAAAAAAAGUAAAUAAAAUCCCUGAUGUUCUAACUUCAUUUUAAGCCAUGGUACCUGAGAUAGCCAUAUAUAGAGACAGGAAUUAUUUCAUUUCCAUAAUCUCAAUAAUAUUAUCUUAUUUACAGGCAUCUGUCACAUUGUUCAUUACAACUUACAUGUUUAAAUUUAUUACAGAAGCAAAUGAAGUGUGCAAUUAUUCAUAUAUUGUACUUAUCAUUUUUAUUCCAUUAGAUAAUUCAAAAAAUUUUAAAUAAAAUAAAGAUUUAGAUCAACCCUAUACCAUAACUCAAAUCUACAAAGCAUUAGACUGUGAAUUCAAAUUGUGGUUCAUUGUAUCAUAUUAACAUUAGGAGAGAAAAAGCACAGUUUUUUUUAUUUUUUAUUUAGAGACUAUUACUAGUGUGAUGUGGCAAAAUAAGAUAUAAAAGAUAAUAUAAGGCAACUACAUAAUAUGCCCUAUUUAUGCACUAAAGCAACCAUUUGGGGGGGAAACUAAGACCCAAAUUUAAAGUAAAUCAAAGUCUAAGACAUGGUGAAAGAAAUGAAAGGUUCAAGCUCUAUCUUGUCAUAUUAGUAAUUAAAGAACUCUCAUCUGUCUGCCUCGCAGUAACUAGUUUCUCUAUUCAAAUGUCUCUACAUUUAUUUUGCUGUUCCUUUUUAUUUAUUUAUUUGUUUGCCUUAGUUUGGAUGGAAUCUAUCACCUUGUUCUAUUGGUCUUUCCUGUCAGAUGCUGAAUAUAAUUUAUGAUCUUGUCUUGUCACUACUGUGAAACGCCUGAUAAAAGAUCUAUAUAUGUCACUAA